AAUGUACAGCAGUAUUCAGUAUUAUAUUACUAUAAUGUCUUAUUACAUAGUCACACCGAGGAGUUGUUAACAAUUCUCCAUGGUCACACCUUCUGGUAAGACCAUAAAGAUUUUUGUCGUACUUUUAUUGGUUUUUGAGGUUUUUAAAAAUAAAAACCCGGCCCUUUUGAAAUUUGUUCUGCUGUCUUAUUUUGUUUUUAUUUUCUAAGCAAUAUUUCAGCCUCAGAGUGCUCUUACGUGUUACAGCGAUACAUGUGACGUGAAAACAGUUUAGUGUAGUACGAUUGGAAGAGUAGGCUAUUUUCCCCGCUACCGGUCCCGGAUUCGAAUCCCAUGAUGUCUAUGUUUAUUUUUUAAUUCAAUGUCCUUACUAUUAACAUAACAUAGGCUUACAGACAGAGAAUAAUUAUGAGAUAUAUGUGUGGAGGAUGCACUCGAUUCGUUUUUAUUUAGAAACUUCGAAAACCAAUAAAAAUACGAAAAAAUCUUUAUCUUCCAUUUGUUUUAAAUCAUAUGAGUGGUGUAGAAGUGUAGAAUACUCUUUUAAGAAUAUUUUGUUCUUUUAUUCCGGUUAUGUGUUUGUUUAAUAGCUCUAUGGUUUGCACAAACCUAAGAUACUAAUGGCGUUCCAUAGAAUACGCCCAUUGAUGUUUUCCGUCCCCUGUGAUCAGCCCCCAAAACAGGAAAACAGGAACGAAGCGACUUUAUGUUGUAGGCUAGUGGUGAUUUUUCCUCAUUCUGAGUCUAGGGCAUAGGCCUAGACUAAGUAAAGUUUACGACAAAUCAUGGCGUUUAAUAAACGCCAUUCGUCAAAGAAUGACGACGAAGAAGAUUACUGGAACCCAAAAACACCAAGGGCGAACUUUUUUGAUGAUGAUGGGAAAGAUACAGAGGUAAUUGAUUGGACAGGUAACACUAUUGGUGAUUUGUCCACAUCUGAUUCCAAGCUUGCUACUUCAGCCAGGGGUUCUAACACGAAGACCAAAGCUUCUUCAGGGAUAUCAAGGCCAAUUGAGAUCUCUCAUCAUUCUUCCAAAGCAGGUAGAAAUCAGGAUGCUCCCUUCAUGUCCCUCCCACCAAACCCAUUCCCGCUAACUUCAAUCAAAAGUAAUCACAAAAAGUCUGCUAGCCUCACCAUUGAUGACAAGGUGACUUUGUCAAAACCAUUCAAUUCAGCAACAUCCAUUGAAGCAGCUGUAAGAAAGGACAUGACGCUAAGUCACACAGAGGUCUCCAAGUUAUAUGCAGAAGUCGCUUCUUUAAAAAGGGAACUUCAGAGCUCAAAGCGAUCACGAUGGGCAGCCCCAAAGGUAUCGGAUACAAUCAUAAGGAUGAUGAUGGGGGAGUCGUACUCAUUGGAGAUGUACAAGUCUCUACCAGACAAACUGACUCUCUUGGAUUCAGCUAUUGAAUACCAUGAUGGCAAUUCCAUUACUGCAAUUGUUCUGUUUCUCAAGAAGACAUUAAAGAAUAAUAUAUUUAUUACUGAGCUCCGUCGAAGACCUAUAGCAGUAAAUCACUACGCAGUUUAUCUACAAUCAAUGGGCGAUACUGAAGCAUUAGCCUCUGAACUCCAAGUUCUUGGUAGAAAGGAAGAAGCUGCUAUGUGGAAGUAUCGACUCGCUCUCCAAGAAAUUGUACCCCAAGUCAGAUAUCAGAGUGUCAAAAAGUGUACUGAUUUGCAUUUUGAAGGGUACAAAUUACUUCAUGGUGAAACAGUUUUUUUGCGAGAGCAGUGUUCAUUGAUGAAUAAACAGAUGUUGAUUGAGGAUGAAGAUGCUAAAGCAAGUAAAGAGAAGAAGCCUCCAUUUGGGCACUGUCAGAGAGAAGCGAAAUUAUAUUUUUUACCACUGAUAACAACACUAUAUUACUGCUGUAAAUAUCAUUUUAAUGUUUCACAGUCAUCUAAGAGUAGCCCGCAGUCUUUAGUUAAAGAGUUUAACAUGACAGAAAAGCAGUAUGUGAUGACAGCAGCAAAAGCUUGUGCAAAUCAACACAAAUGGGAAGACUUAGAGACGCUGUUAACACCAAAGAAAUGGCUAGCAAAGACCAAGAAACCCACAGUGGGAUUUGAUAGGAUUGUGGAAAUUUUAAUAAAAGCAAAAGCCCCUCAUGAUAAACUAGAGAAGUACAUGUUGUUAAUGGAGGACACAGAUAAGAGAUUAGAAACUGCUAAGAAGUACAAGGUUCAUGCUGUUGUGAUUGAAACUCUGAAACAUAUGCGGGAUCUGAGAGGUUUGCAAAAUUACCAGAAUGAGGUGGAAUAUGGGUCAAGGGAGCAUACCCAGCUACAAACACUUCUGAAGAACACGAGCAUUAAAUGGAAGACUUAAAAAAACUGUGGCUACCAACUGUAGUGAUAGUGCCAGAUACUGUGCUGUCAUAUAGAGCUUUUAGUCAGCCUAACAUCCAAAACAGUUUGUAUCCGUUGAACAGUGUAUACAAAAUAUGUUAUUACAGAGUUACUGCUUCAAAUAAAUUGUUUGUGGGCAAAUACAUAAGUAUAUACCGUGUUAAGUAAACUGCCUCAGUGAAAUAGAUGCAGAUAUGGCUUGCUACGUAUAAGUAGAGUACAGUAAUUGUAAAUAUUUUAGUAGCAUUCUUCUACAUUGCCACAAACAAACAGUAAAUGCCCAAGUAUUGUAAUGGUAUUCUACACUAUAAUACAAAUUAAUACUGUAUUGAGUGAUAAUUAUGUAGUAUACAGUCUUUCAGUACUUUUUCAUUUAUUACAAAGUUGACUCAGAAUGAAGAAUAAAAUACCUGUAAUAUUGGUUAUUUUAUUUAAGACCAUAUUUUAAAGCAAAAAUUAUAGGUAUAUUUUUCAUGUACACAGAUUGCAUUUACAACAUAUACAAUUGAAAUUAUACAUGUAAAUUCUAAGCAUUAUGGAGGACCACAAUUGGUAUUGAACUUGGAGGGAAAAAGACAAUAGAUAAUGUUAAAACCAGUUUCUGUAGUGGAACAAAAUAGAUCACUACAGAAACUGAUACUAUUAAGACCUCACUUAAAGAUCACUUUAGUAGUAUUGGUAAUCACGAUUUACAAGAUAAUGAUACUGACCCAGAUUUCCCUCCUGAUGAGAUUGAUGAUAACCGCCCUUAUCUUAGGGAAUUCAUGUUUACAUGUGAAAAUGCUUUUGAUGCCAUCAUACACUGUAAAAACAAUAAAGCUUUUGGGAUUGACUCAAUCACUAAUGAAAUUUUGAAAAAUGGAGAUGAUGCAAUAGUAGAUUAAUUAUUUUCUUAUUAGAAAAGAUCCCAGCUUAGUGGAAUAUUGGUACGAUUAUACCCAUAUUCCAAAAAGGCGAUCGUCGUGACUUAAAUAAUUAUGGAGGGAUCUUGUCGAACUCUUGUGUUGCAAAGAUAUAUAGCAGGUUAACCUCCCAGGCGGUGUCGACAUUUCUCGAAAGGUAUGACCAAAACCCAAGGUGGCUUUAGGAAAGGCAGAAGAUGCGAGGACCAUAUCUUUGUCCUAAAAAGUAUCAUGGCCUCACGACAAGCUGAAGGAAAACACAUUCUUAGCUUUUCUAGACUUCAAGAAAGCAUUCGACACCGUCUGGAGAGAUGGUAUCAUUAGUGAUAAUAUUCUUAAUAUAAUUAACAAACUUUAUGAAAAUGUUAAAUGUAAAGUUUCCUUUUUGAAAUUAAUGAAGGUCUGUAGCAGGGUUGUUGCCUGUCACCAAUAUUGUUUUCCAUUUAUAUUAACGAAUUCAACAAGAUGAUUCGAGAAAGAAACUUGGGUGUAAAUGUUUUUAAUAAUAGAAUCGAUUCAUUGUUUUGGGCCAAUGAUGUUAUUCUCAUUGGCGAUAGUGAGAAAGAAUUGAAAUUGCUUUAACAAACAGCAAGCGAUUUCUCAAAACAAUGGAAACUCGCAUUUAAUUAUAACAAAUCAAAUGUAUUAAUUACAGGACAAUGUAAGAAUGUACUGUAUAUCGAAAAUGGAAAUUAGAGGAUAAUCAUAUUUCUGAGGUUGAAAAUUAUAAAUAUCUAGGAAUGUUUAUAUCCAGAUCCAUUAAUGACACAACACAUGUUGAAUGAAGUGAUUAAAAAAGGGAAACAAA